CGCUUCCGCCCAUGGAGCAGUUUACCACGCUGCUGCUGCUGCCAUACUACCGCUUCGGCUUAUGCCUCUUCUGUGCUCUCUUCCUCUAUGCCGUCCUGCGCGCCGUCUUGGGCGGCGCCCAGCACACGCGGCAUUGGCCUGACCGGGGGCUACCUCCCGGUCCGUGGCAGCUGCCGGUCAUCGGCAGCCUACACCACCUGCUUGGCGGGCUCCCGCACCGCACCAUGCGCGACCUCUCACUCCACUACGGCCCGCUCAUGCUGCUCCGGGUUUGCGAGCGCGUGCUGGUUGUCGUCUCCUCCGCCGAGGCCGUGCGGGACAUCGCCAAGGGCCACGACGUCGCCUUCUCGGAGCGGCUGACCGGCCCGGGCGUCGACGAGCUCACUAGGCACGGCCAGGGGAUCAUGUUCGCGCCCUACGGCGAGCACUGGCGCGUGAUCCGCCGGAUCAUCAUGACGGAGCUGGUCAGCGCGCGCCGUGUCAGGUCGUUCGGGCGCAUCCGCGAGGAGGAGGCUGCCUGCCUCGUCUCGUCGCUACGGGCGGCGACGCCCGGUGCUGGCCCGCAGCUCGUCAACAUCGACGAGCGGCUCGACGAGUUCGUGCUCGAGUCGGUCGUCCGCGCCAUCUACGGGGACAAGCUGCCCGAGCGCACCGCGUUCCACAGGCUGGUCAGGCAAGGAGUGCAACUGUCGUCGCUGUUUGACCUCCGCGAUCUCUUCCCUUCGUCACGGCUGGUGCGGCUUCUGCCGCGGAGAUGCGGCAAGGCCGCGCGUUACCGACAGGAGAUGUCCCGCCUCAUGGAGACCAUCCUCAGGACUCACGAGGAGAGGAGGUCGGCCAGAGUUGACGACGAGCGUGACAUGGUGGACGUGUUGCUGAGGAUCCAGAAGGAAGCCGACAUGCCAAUUUCCAUAACCCACGGCGUCAUAAGAGAAGUGCUCAAGGAUGUAUUCGGUGCGGGGCUUGACACCACAAUGAUUACCCUGCGAUGGGUGAUGGCUGAAUUAAUGGUGAACCCAGGGGUGAUGCAGAAAGCACAAUCAGAGAUACGCCACGUUCUUGCAGGACAGGCCAGAGUACAUGAGGCUGCCCUAAAUGACCUACACUACCUCAGAGCAGUUAUCAAGGAGACCUUGCGGCUGCACCCUCCCGGACCACUCGUACCCAGAAUGUGUUUGCAAGAUUGCAAGAUUCAAGGACACGUCGUGCCACAAGGCGCAAUUGUGGUCACCAACGUAUGGGCAAUAUCUAGGGACCCGAAGUACUGGUAUGAGCCGGAGAAAUUCAUGCCGGAGAGGUUUAAGGCUGACGGUGUUGCGGACUUUAGAGGCACGAACUUCGAGUUCACUCCUUUUGGGGUCGGUCGGAGAAUCUGCCCGGGGAUAGGAUUCGCAAAUGCCAAUAUUGAGAUUGCUCUGGCUAGUCUUCUUUACCAUUAUGAUUGGGAGCUGCCCGCCGGAGUUAACCCUGAGGAAGUAGACAUGACAGAGGUGUUUGGAGCCACAGUUACCAAGAAGGCGGACCUGUAUCUGCAUCCUGUUCCCCGUUUCCCCCUCUAUUAGAAGAACAACCGCAGCUGGAACCUGGAACACCCAAUGCUCUCAAAGCAUAGCCAGCCGAAUAAAUGUGCGCAGUGCUGCAUGUGAAGCAGUUAUGCUAUGUGUACGACAAAGCUUUAUGUAACAGUGAUAUGUGUUGUGUACUACUACCAAAUACAGUAUGAAAGAUCAGUGUGUUGCCCGUGA